AUGGGCCGCAACAAGCCGCGAUCAAAAGCGGUGGAUGUUACGAAGAGUCUACUGCAGCCAACGAGCAUCACGGACCACAUUGCGGUCCAGGUAGCGGCAAACAAGGUCAUCCAGGUAGCCGAGGAUGACCUCAGCCCCACACAGGGCAGCGAGGCUGCCUUCGCUCUGCGACGCGAGGGAAAGUUGGAUGCCUCCAUGAAGCUGUGUCUCAACUGGCGUCAGGGUAACUGCCAUAACCAUGCCGCGUGCUCCUUCGCCCACGUAAUUCCGUACUUUGGCGUUGCCGGCGACGAGGGUGAUACCCCGAGAACUCCGGGCAAGCCAGGUGGUUUUAACGUCGACCCUGGCGGUGGAGCCAGCCCCAGCAGCACUGCUGCUGUGGGUGAGGGAAGUGGACGCGGCGGCAACGCUGCCUCCAACGCGCCGUGGCCGCAGAGGUUUGCACCGUCUUCCUACUCCGCUAUAACAACCUUGGGUCAGCAUGUGGAGGAGGAGAAGACUGUGCCAGUGGCUGUACCUGUCUCGGUAGCGGUAUCAGCGCAGCUUUGUGCUAACUCCGCCGCUGAUGUCAAACCGGAGGUCGCAGAGUCGGCUGACAUGACAGAGGUUGCGCCAGUGGCGCCGUUCUCGAGCACUUCUCCAUCCCCGCCGGCGGUGGUGUCGGCCGAUAGGCUGCGCUCCAUCUUGGUGUCGCUCACGGCCACUUUGGCGAGCAAGGCAGGCAUGGGCUCUAUCACUGACCCUGCCGAACCUGCUGAUGCAGAUAACACCGACGACAUCACCCAGCCGCAUUCUGCGUGGCUCCGAGAGAUGGCCGAGCGCGCGGAGGAGGAGGAGGAGAGAGCGACAUUGAGCGAUGGAACAUAUUCCUGGCAACAGCCCCUGAAGGCGUCGAUGGCAGAGUUCGUGGGAGUAGCCGGCAAGAGCCUACUAGGUGAGCCCCUGUGGCAGGAUGGUAGUGCUGUGGACCUCUACCGCUCACUUGCCGGCCGCGCUGCUGCAGCCACCACGAUCGCUAUGCGUCGGGGCUGGGAGGCCGGAGAGUCGCGAGAACAGGAAGAGACGGUGGGCUACGCCGCAAUUGCCGACCCUCAUGUGUUCUCCACCGCGCCGAUGCCGACUGAGGUCAGUGGUGUUGACCCUUGGGCAUCUCACCUCACCCUUGUAGACUUGCUGUUGGAGGGAGCAGAGGGUUCGGGCGCGGGGAACGGCAGCAUCUCACUGCCGCCCCUCUCCUAG